AGCAUUGGGCGAGGUUUUCCGAACGGGAAGGUCGUCCUCAGCAAAAUGGCCACUGCAGUGCGAAACGUGCGGUCUCUUAUGAACAUUAGCCGUUUUAUGAUACAAAGUACGGCAUGCAAAGCAAGUGCAGCAUCUGUGGUCCACUCUAGACGCAUUUCCAGUUUAAACAGAUGUCCAAAUUUCACAAAUCAGCUGCGUCCAAUGCAGCCACAGCAGAUUCAGAAGCGAUUUGCUGGUAAAAAUGUUUAUACUAUCGAGGAAGUGGAAAAGAGGGUUAUGAUUACUCUGCAGUUAUUUGACAAGAUUGAUCCGGAAAAGCUGACAAAGGAUUCACAUUUCAUUAAGGAUUUAGGAUUGGAUAGUCUUGACCAAGUAGAAAUUAUUAUGGCCAUGGAGGAUGACUUUGACUUUGAAAUUCCUGAUGAUGAUGCUGAACGCUUAAUGACGCCUGCCUUGAUUAUAGAAUAUAUUUGUGAUAAAGAAGAUACAUAUGAAUGAAAGGGCAUUUACAGGUACAUAACUGAUUGCUUUCAUGGAGGCUAAAGAAGAGCAUAGCUGCAAGGAGAACGAUCACUUUUUGUGAUUAACUAGACUCUAACAGUUACUAAAGAAUGAAGUUUUACUUGUAUAUGUUUGAUAUUACAUGUAUACCAAGAA